AUGCCUCCCAAGGCCGCAAAGGCUGCUGCCCCCAAGGCGGCUUCGGAUGCUAAGAAAUCUGCCGCGACCAAGACCAGCUCAAAGGCGACAUCCAAGACGGCCGCUGCUUCCAAGGCGACAACAAGCAAAGCCGCCGCCAAGGCUACCAAGAAGGAUGAGAAGCCAGCCAGCGCCCGCGCAAAAUCCGUCGAGAAGACUGCAGACGAGCCCAUGACGAAUGGUGCCCCAGCAAGCAAGCGCAAGGCUUCGGAGACAGAGAGCGAACAUGAUGAAGAUGUCGUCAUGGAAGAGCCCCAGGCCAAGAAGACCAAGAUCGAAGACGCACCCGUGCGCGAGGCUCGCCCCAAGGCACCUGUCAAGGCUAAGAAGACUGCCCAUGUCGCAAUCGGAAAGAAGAUCAACGAUGCUCCCACGCAAGUCUUGGACAUCUACGUCUUCGGUGAGGGCACAUCCGGUGAACUCGGGCUGGGAAGCAAGCGCGCCAAUGGCAAGAAGCCGAUCGACGUCAAGCGUCCUCGGUUAAACGACAACCUUUCGGCCAAGACAGUCGGAGUUGUGCAAAUUGCCUGCGGCGGCAUGCACGUCGUUGCGCUUACCCGCGAUAACAAGAUCCUCACCUGGGGUGUGAAUGACCAAGGUGCUCUGGGUCGAGACACAAACUGGGACGGUGGUUUACGCGAUGCCGACAAGGCUGAAGAUUCUGACUCGGAAGAUGAGGAUGAUACUGGCAUCAACCCCAAGGAGAGCACACCUACCGCCCUUUCCGAGGAAGACUUUGCUCCCGGCACCAAGUUUGUUCAGGUCGAGGCGAGCGACAGCGCCUCCUUUGCGCUGACGGAAGACGGACGUGUGUACGGAUGGGGAACCUUUCGUUCCAGCGAUGGUAUCCUGGGCUUCACAGAGACUGUUCGAAUUCAGUCACGGCCUGCGCUCAUCCCCGCCCUGAAGAAUAUCAAGGCUCUCGCUUCCGGAGCCAACCACGUUCUUGCUCUCGACCACAAGGGCAAUGUCGUCGCCUGGGGAUGUGGCCAGCAGAACCAGCUUGGCCGACGUAUCAUUGAGCGUAACAAGAUGUCAUCUCUGAUUCCUCAGGGUGUUGGCCUGCCCCGAGGCAAAAUCGCCAAGAUUGCCUGCGGCUCGUAUCACAGCUUCGCCAUUGACAAGACUGGAGCCGUUUGGGGCUGGGGCCUGAACAACUUUGGCGAGAUUGGUGUUGAGAACAGUGCCGGCGAGGAUGAUGCUGUCAUCCUCAAGCCUGUCAAGAUCAGCUUCCUUGCAGACCACACAAUCACAGACAUUGCGGGUGGCAUCCACCACUCUCUGGCCUGCUCUUCCAAGGGAGAGCUGUUUGCUUGGGGCCGUAUCGAUGGAUACCAGGUUGGCUUUGAGGCCGAGGCCGUCGCAAAGGUUGACGAGGACUAUGUCAUUCGUGACGAGAAGGGUGUUUCUGAUAUUGUGGCUGUCUCUGCCGGUACCGACAACAGCUUUGCUAUCAGCAAAGAUGGCAAAGUGUACUCGUGGGGCUUUUCUAGCAACUACCAGACUGGCCAGGGCACACUUGACGACAUCCACGUCCCUACUGUGAUUGACAACUCUGCCAUCAGAGACAAGAAGAUCAUCGCUGCUGGAGCUGGCGGACAGUUCUCUAUCCUCAUCGGCGUGCCCGAAGAGGCCACCACGAACGGCGAGGUCAACGGCACCAACUAA